AUCUGUCAUUCCCAAUGAUGGGAGGCGGAGGCGGGGCUCCGAACGCUUUGAACACAGAUGCGGAGCGGCUCUUCUGCUCUGAGCGCCAGUGAGACGAACAGCACCAUGACUGCGAACGCAUACGACGUGAUUGUGAUUGGCGGAGGCAUCUCAGGUCUGAGUGCUGCCAAGCUGUUGGUGGAGAGCGGCCUGAAUCCUGUCCUCCUGGAAGCCAGGAACCGUGUUGGUGGAAGAACCUUCACUGUUCAGAAUAAGGAGACCAAAUGGGUGGAUCUGGGAGGAGCGUACAUUGGGCCCACUCAAAACCGCAUCCUGAGGAUAGCCAAACAGUACGGGGUGAAAACAUACAAAGUCAACGAGGAGGAGUCUCUGAUUCACUAUGUGAAGGGGAAGUCAUAUCCAUUCAAAGGGCCUUUCCCUCCAUUGUGGAACCCUCUUGCCUACAUGGACUACAACAAUCUCUGGAGGACAAUGGACAAGAUGGGGAUGGAGAUUCCUAAAGAAGCUCCAUGGAGGGCCCCUCAUGCUGAAGAGUGGGACAAGAUGACCAUGCAGCAACUCUUUGACAAAAUUUGCUGGACCAGUGCCGCUCGCCGCUUUGCCACUCUGUUUGUCAAUGUGAACGUGACCUCCGAGCCCCAUGAGGUGUCUGCUCUGUGGUUCCUUUGGUACGUCAAGCAGUGUGGAGGCACAAUGAGAAUCUUCUCUACCACCAAUGGAGGCCAGGAACGCAAGUUUGCCGGAGGUGCCAAUCAAAUCAGUGAGGCGAUGGCGAGAGAGCUGGGUGACCGUGUGAAGCUGAGCAGAGCUGUCUACAGCAUUGACCAGACUGGAGACCUGGUGGAGGUCAGGACAGUUAAUGACGAGAUAUACAAGGCCAAAUAUGUCAUACUUGCCAUACCACCUGGGCUGAACUUGAAGAUCCAUUUCAACCCUGAAUUACCCCCUCUGAGGAACCAGCUCAUUCAUAGAGUGCCUAUGGGCUCAGUCAUCAAAUGCAUGGUGUACUACAAAGAGAAUUUCUGGAGGCAGAAGGGAUACUGUGGCAGCAUGGUGAUCGAGGAGGAGGAAGCGCCUAUUGGUCUCACGCUUGACGACACUAAGCCUGAUGGGUCUGUGCCUGCUAUAAUGGGUUUCAUCCUGGCACGAAAAUCCAGGAAACUAGCAGGCCUGACGAAAGAUGAGAGAAAGAGAAGGAUCUGUGAGAUUUAUUCUCGUGUGCUCGGCUCAGAGGAAGCGCUACAUCCUGUGCACUAUGAGGAGAAAAACUGGUGUGAGGAGGAAUACUCUGGUGGCUGCUACACCGCCUACUUUCCCCCUGGUAUCAUGACACAGUAUGGCAGGGUCCUGCGGGAGCCUGUGGGCAGGCUGUACUUUGCAGGAACUGAAACGUCCACAGAGUGGAGCGGUUACAUGGAGGGGGCUGUGCAGGCGGGCGAGAGAGCCACUAGAGAGAUUUUGUGUGCACUGGGAAAACUCCAUGCGAGUCAGAUCUGGCAGUCAGAGCCUGAAUCACUGGAUGUCCCAGCCCGGCCGUUUGUCACCACAUUCUGGGAAAGAAACUUGCCAUCCGUUGGAGGGUUUCUCACGUUUAUGGGCGUGUCCUCCUUCCUGGCUCUGGCCACAGCCGCAGGAGUGGUCGCCUACAAGAAGGGGCUCCUCCCACAUAGCUAAAGCCCCUCCCACUUUUACAACCUGUUCUCUGUGACCUGGCCUGUUGACUGUGGCGUUCAGUCAUCUAAUCACAGCCACAACUGCCUGGGUGUGUGGCCGAGUUACUUAGUUGAGAUUUGACACACAAUUGCUCAGUCAUUGUUAAAAAUUAACCAA